GGGGGAGGAGGGGCCAGGGCGAGCCCAGGCCCUCGACGCCGACGACAUCGGGAUGACGCCGCUCAUGUUCGCCGCCCAGGCCGGCUCGGAGGCCUGCGUCCGAAGACUUCUGGAGGCCGGCGCGCACCCGAACGCGGUGGACGAGGAAGACCUGUGGGCCUCACUGCACUUCGCGGCCAAGGAGGCCCACCUCGGGGUGUGUGGCCUGCUGCUGGAGGCCCGCGCGGACACGAGGGCGCUCAACUGCGACGACCACACCGCCCUGCAGGUCGCGCAGAUGGAGGAGGCUGCCGCACGGCCAGGCUCAUCGAGCAGAGGAGGUCGAGCGGCGACCAGGGCAAGCGGCAGCCUGGGUGAGGGCCGCUGGGCACUCCGCCGGUCUCUCUCUCGGGUCGAGCGCCCCUGCCGGAGAGGAAGGGAAGGAUCCAUGACGCACCUCUCGAUCCUGCCUAUUGUUGCUUCGCGCCCUCAGAGAAUUGAAGUGCUCCCAACGCUGCCGCGAAACCAACGCAGGCGGCGCUGUUGGGGCUUCGACUGCACGAAAGAGUAUCCCUUCGCCGGAGUGGCCGUCGGCGCGGGCUCACCGGCCCCCCCCGGUCGCCGAGCGCGAUCCGAGAGUGGCUGUUUGCGCGCAUGGAUUUCGCCAUUUGGCGUCACUCUUGCCUAGGGUCACUUUUGCGUGUAGCCGAGGGCUGGCCUCCAGGAUAACGCACUGCGCGCGUGUUGGAAAAAGGUCCCUCCGGACCCCCCUUUGGCGCCGGACCUCUCGGCAGACUCGUCCCGAGCAGGUCCUCCCAUCUGCUCGGUACUGCCUGCCACAGCACCCUCGUCAAGCAGUGGCGAAGCGUCCUGGCUUGCCCACAGGCCCACCAAAGAAUGUCCUAAGAACCUUUCGCGGUUCGCGCGACACGUUCUAAGAACUUGGCUG